AUGUUAACAGAGACUUUACCACUGAACCAGCGACUCCGUGCAAUGAAAAAUAUAAGUGGACCACAAACAUCAUUUUUAUUUGACCGCAUAAAGGAAAAAUUUGAAAGAGCAACUGGAAAGUCUGUCCACAAAGAAAAUGUGAUUAAUGAACUCAAUGUGUUACCGACAUUUUCCUGGUUCUCUAUAGCUACCUCGGGUACUCGUAUUACUACGAGUACAGUUGCACCUCAAGUAACAAAAGCAACGAAUGGUACUGAAAAAAUUAAACCACAGUGCACGGACCUUGCUAAAUGUCGCGUAUAUCUAUGGGAAAAGUGA